AGCUGUAAGCUCCUUUCUGCUAGUCUUAAUCCCGUUCUCAGUGGCUACCCUGGGCAGAACAGCCCAUUUGUUUCUUUAUCAGGAGAAGAGGUUGAGUAUGCAGCUGUGGGGAAAGCUGUGAGAAGGGGAGCAAUGUAAAGCCUUAGGAAGGGAGAUGGGGGUCUGUCCCCCCCAUGUAGGCAGCAGCUGAGCAGAAGUGCUCCAUCUUGCAUUUAUAGGGACAAGCAACGUGAGGAGGAAAGGUUUCUCUCUGGCUUAUCUCCUCUGUGAGUGCUCACGUGAGGCCCAACUUGGGAUGGAUUACUGACCUGAGCAAAGUUAUGUACCUGGAUCACCUUUGCUGUGUUACCUUUAAGCAAGAGGAAUGACUCAGGUGCCUGCUGACUAUCUGUCCACCACCAGCUCCUACAAUUAUGAUCAGCCCCUUCCCUCCGUGGGUCGGACAAGCACUGUCACCCAGGUACCCCCGGCCAAAAAAAUAACCUUCUUCAAGAGUGGGGAUCCUCAGUUUGGGGGAGUGAAGAUGGCCAUCAACCAGCGAAGUUUCAAGAGCUUCAAUGCACUCAUGGAUGACCUUUCUCAUAGGGUCCCACUGCCAUUUGGAGUACGGACCAUCACCACCCCGCGAGGAAUACACUGCAUUAGUGAGCUGGACCAGCUGGAGGAUGGAGGAUGCUACCUUUGUUCCGACAAGAAAUACGUCAAGCCUAUUAACAUUAUUUCUGCUGGACAUAGGCCAGGUCCUCCACGAAAUGGUCGUCCCUCCAGUACCUUGAGAAGAGCAGCCCAGGAGAGCAGACUAGAUGACUAUUCCACAUCUUUCACUCAGCAUGGCCCCAGAAUACCCAAGAAAAUCACUCUUGUUAAGAACGGAGAAACUAGUUUUCGGCGCUCAAUUAUCUUGAACCGUAGAAACGCUAGGAGUUUCAAAACACUCCUUGAUGAGAUUUCAGAGAUCCUGCAAUUUCCAGUGAAAAAGCUCUUUACUGUUGAUGGGAAGAAGAUUGACAGCAUGCAGGCUUUGCUGCACUGCCCCAACGUGCUGGUGUGUGUCGGCCGUGAGCCAUUUAAACCUGUAUCGAUGGAGAAUUUGAGGAAACACUCAGUGGAGAAGCUGCCUGACCUGGCUCCCCGUUCCAAUGGCAACAAUGUCAAUGAAAACAAUGAAAGUAAGAAAAACUCUGGGGCACGUUGCACAGUCAUCUCCAGGCCUGUGUCCUACAACUUGGAGAUUAUAGGCACCUAUUGUACUACCCCAGUGUGCAGAUUUCAUGUGUGCUGCUUCACUUGCAAAAUGCACUUCCCUCUCUCUGCCUCCCAGGCAUUUCCAUCCUCUCCUUCUUUUUCUCUGGUUUCCUUCCCUUGUAUAGUUAACAUUUCUCUCCAUCUUUCUUUUCUUGACUUCUUUCAAACUGCAGUGAACUUUGGAUUGAAAGCCAAAAAAAGCAUUAUCCAUCCACGGUCAGCAUCAAGCAACAGAUCAAUGAGAUUUUCCUUAUCAUCGGAGAAGUCAUAUCCAAAUGGUCUUGCUACCUCGCCAGAUAAUGGCGCACCUUUCUCAAACAAUUGUUCACAUCCAAAACCUGGAGACCUGGUCCAUUCCUUGGUCAAUGACGACAUAGAGAAGCGAGUGCAUGUGAACAAGGAUGGCAGCCUGUCUGUUGAGAUGAAAGUCCGCUUCCGCUUGCUAAAUGACGAGACUUUGCAAUGGUCCACCCAAAUAAAAAAGUCAAAUUUGAUGAACCGGAUGCCUUGUGAAGAAUCAGGUCUAGAGGAGGACAGUGGAGUAGACCCCUUACAGAAAAUGAACCCAGAAGCCAGCUCAGAGGCAGAUGAUUCAUUAUACCCAUGUGAUGUUGAUUCUUACAUGUCUAAACUUGAGGAAUCUGAGUGCGAUGAGGCUCACUGUCAUAGCUGUGGCAAGAAACACCAGGACUAUGAUAUCUGGAAAAACCCCAUGCACACUUCCCAGAGAGAAGAGCCCAGUGUACGAAGCACAUGGCACACACGGUCAUCGUGCUCCAGCACAUCUUCCAGGAGGAGAGUAAUCCACAAAAAAAAGGCUUCUGUGGAUAGUCUCCGCACCACAUCCAGUGAGGAAUUCUCUGAGCACAUUGUGCAAGAGUCCUCAUCCUACUCAGAGACUAUAGAGAACAGGGUGGCAUAUCGAUCUAUUAAAAAGUGUACUUGUAGAAGUGAUUUGUCUACAGGUGCUUCCAAUGGAGAAGAUCAGCAAGAAUACACCCGGACAAGCACGAGCAAUAGUCAGAGGCCUUCUUCCUUGGGAUUAAUGUCACAUUCAAGUUGUGAAAAUAACCUGGAUACUCAAGAAGCCCCUGAGGACUAUGAGGCCAGUAAAACCAAUUCACAAAAGGAAGAUGAAAACUGUUUUGAAAUUUCCUCUGUGAAGUGCUUAAAGGAUGAUGCAGAGGAGGUUGAAAGCAGCAGAGUUGGAAGCGUCAUAUCAAGGUCAUCAGUGCAGUCCAGACAGAGCAAGAACAUAUGUGAGGAAACAAGUAGUGUGGGUAGGACCAUGUCCUCCUCCAGCCUUCAGAAAGCAAAUGAAGGAGAUAACACUAUGUGUUCCACACCUGCCAACAGUGUGCACAGCAGGUCUAGUAACUGUAGCACACCUAGAGCAAAGAGUGAACAUGGUGACCACUCAGAAAACAAUGCAGUAGUCUCCUCCUUCUCCAGCGAGUCCUGUCCUAAGAAAGAGGCUGCAGAGAUUGAAGAAGAAGAAGAAGAAAAUGAAAUCAAUGAAAUCAGCUCAGUUUCAACAAAAACAAAGCCCAACCAGUCAGUUAAAGAUGAGGGCAGUGAAGUUGAGCAGUGCUCUGCACCAGGAACACCCCCGUCCAUAGCUAGUGUCAGAAAUAGCAGGAGAAGUGAUAGUGAUGAGAUUGUUCCAUGCAAUGCCUCUUGCUCUUCCAGAGGAUCCAAAAAGAGCAAACACAGCCAUCUUCAUUUGGAUGCACAGUCUGAAAUGUCUGUGUCUUCACUUGAAUCCUCUCAGAAUAAAAAGAAGAAUUCCCUACAUGCAGAUGAUCUAAGAUCAUGCAGCAGAGCAUCUAAUUACUCCAAAAGCUCAUGUGAAAUCAAGAAAAAAUCUAUUGGAGACCCCAUGUCUCAUAACUCAGGAUCUUUUCAGUCAAACAUUUCAUCUACAAGUGAAGCAGAGGCAAUUGCUGUUAUUGCUGAGGAGAAAAGCUCAAAAAGUACCACCAAUGGCUACAGUGCAUCCUCAAAAGGCUCAAAGAGGGGAAGCCAUAGAGAAGAAAACAGCAAACCAUCAUCUCUCUGCUCAAGCGUUUCGAGCCCUAAUAGAAAAGGUGGAGAAGGUCAUUCCAAGAUGAAUUCAGAGGUCCAUUCUUCAAGACAUGGAAGUGUAAGUGAGAGUGUGUGUUCAAAAGGUGACCACUUAACUGAAACUGGGAUUAGGAAUGGAAAUCCUGAAAGUGUCAGUUCAAGAGUCUCUUCAAAAUCAGAAGUAGAAGAUAAACACUUGUUGACACAGGUAUCUCAGGAGAGUGACGGUAGGUGUUCACAAUCAAACAUAUCUCAGUCUUCAAAAUCAAGGCAGAUUAAAAGUAGAAAUCUUCAUGUGGCGAUGUCAAACUCCAGUCGAGCAUCACCAUCAGAGACUAGGUCAAUAUGCAGCAAGCAUUGCCCUGCCCCACCAAAAGGGAAACCAAACAGCAAAAAACCACGAUCAGCCAUUUUGAAGAAUUCCUCCAUUAGCAGCAUAGGUACUGAGUCAGUGUUCACUACAGGAAGACAGCAAAAAGAAGUUGUAGAUUCCUCCAAACCAACUUCCUUUGGAUCUAAAUCAGUUGCAUCCGAGGCAAAUGACCAGAAGAAUACAAAGCUUAACGGUUCUUGUGAAGGAAAAGUGGAAGAGGUGUUAGAAGACACAGGAGUGCAGGAGGAAUGGAGUAAUUUAAUGCCAUCUAGUUUACCAAAUACAUCUCCAGAAGAAGUUGUGCAAGAAUGGCUAAGCAAAAUCCCUUCGGAAACACUGCUUAUGAAAUAUGAAAUGGAGGAUAAUGCAGAAGAGGAAUGUAUAGAAGCAACCACUGAGAUGUCGUGCUGUACAAAUGCUGAGGAAACCCCAGAGGAUGAAAAAGCUGAGAAGAAGAGUGCUGAGGAAGCUGAAAAUGAAACAGUGGAUGAAGUGGAGAAAGAGACAGUAGAAGUCACUGCUGUAAAUGAAGAGGCUGAAGAGUACGCAAAUCAGGAACAAAUCCCUGAAGUCUUGUCUGAAGCUGCCAAGGCUGACCAAGCAGAAUGCAGUCAGUCAGUUACGUCUAGCCAAAACAACAACAAAAAAGACCUUCCAACCUCUGUCCAGACUUCCGUCCAGAUUAUGAAGGCCUUGCUCAGUUCAAAACAUGAAGCAAAAUUUGACCGAUCAAACAGCUUGCCUGAAGUGUCUCCCACAAUGGGAAGAAAACUGAGUAAUUCUGCCACUGUCUUGAUUACUUGUCUUGCCAGUCUGCAGCUCCUUGAUGAAGAGUCAGAAGAUCCAUCAGAUAAAUCAAAAUGUUUGAAAAAAACAAGAUAUAUGGAACUGUUAAAUAUUUUCCAAGCCCUGUGGUUUGGACAAACAGCUGAAAAAAGUGGUCCAAGCUCAGGUCAAGAGGCAAGUGGACAGGAAAAGUCAGCUUCUGGGUUUAAAGUCCCCAAAUCUGUAAAUGGUGACUUCACUCCAAUGUCCUCCUCUGGGGUGGAUGUCAGCAGUGGUUCUGGUGGUUCAGGAGAAGAAAUUACUGCUGGUGCCAAGAACUGCAAUUUACUGGCACAAAAGACUGUUGAAUUCAAAUCAGAUGGCCAAGUGGAAGAUGGAGAAACUGCCACUGAACUGACUGAGGCUGAGGAGCAGAGUAAACAGGAAGAGCAUUCAUCCCGACCUUCAACAGCCUGCUCAAAAUCAAAAGGUGAGGAAAAAGCAAAUUCUGCUAGAGAGGAAUCUCUAAUUCAGGAUCAGUGCAGUAACUGUGAGAAUGAUCAGGAGGAAGGAGAGGAAAAUGAGAACACAGAAAAUAGCAGAUUAGUUGAAAAUGGAGAGCAAGAAGAAUCUGAAGCUGUAAAUGAAGCACUUCUAAAAGAAAAUCUUGAAGAGGCAACUGAGCAGUUAUCCGCUACUAUUGAGACAAAUGUCAGUGAUGCUGACUGUGGGACAGAACUGAAAGCUGAUAUUCAAGAGCAGCUUGAAAAAGGGUCUACAAAGGAUCCAGAGUCCAAAGUUGAUAUGGCCACCAGUGUGGGCACAUCCCUUGUCCAGCAAAACUCAGUGGAUCCGGAUCCAGUCUGGGUCCUGAGGCUGUUAAAGAAAAUUGAGAAGGAAUUCAUGGCUCACUAUGUCAAUGCUAUGAAUGAGUUAAAAGUCAGGUGGAACCUGCAGAACAACCAGCAGAUGGAUGAAAUGAUCUUGGAGUUGAAGGAGGAAGUGAGCAAAAGGAUACAAAGAAGCAUAGAGAAGGAGCUGAAGAAGAUCAAAAGCAGAGCAGGAACCAAGAUGCCAAGACCUCCAGAUGGACCUCUCAAGCGUGAGUCAACGCUCCAAACUGAGCAGAGGAGACGGCGGCUGCAGACUAUGCAUAAAAAGUCAUUCUUCAGUGACAAGACUGGAACCCACAGUAGGCUUGCAGACACAUCAGAUUUAUCAUUAGAUAUAGAUGAAGAUACAGCAUUUAGCACAGCUUUUGAGGCAAGUAUCAGUGAGCAACCAAGUGAGGAGGAAUACUGCCCUUGUGACACGUGUGUGAGGAAAAAAAUGGCUUCCAAGCCCAUAAGAAACCCAGUGUUGGCUACCAAUGCCCCAGUUGCGAAAGCAUUUGAUUUACAGCAGAUCCUGAAGAGAAAGAAAGAUGAAAAUGAGGAAGCCUGUGUCUCAGAAGCAGCCCAGGACAGCAAAGCAACUCCCAGUAAUGUGGAGGAAGCAGCAGAAAACACCAAUCCAGAUGAAGAGAAUGAUGAGAGUGACCUGCAGUCAGGCCAAAAGGAAGUGAAAGAAAAUGAAGAAAAGAAGUCAGUAUUAGAUGAAAUGGAUGGUUCAGUGCUGAAAGAAGAUGAAGAAGGACCAAUAUUAGAGAGUCAAAACUGUGCAAUUGAGGAGGAGGUUACAGAUGAAGAAAACAAGGAAGAAGAAAAGGAAGAAACAAAAGAAGUGGAGGAAGAAGAAGAAAAGGUGGAAGACAUAACACUGAAGGCAGAGGAAGAGGAGGAAACAAAAGAAGAGGUCGAAGGAGAAAUAAACGAGAAAGAUGAUAAGGAAGUAAAAGAGGAAGCAGAGGAAGAAACAAAGGAGGAAGAAGAGGAUGAGGAAUCAAAAGAAGAUGAGGAAGUAGCAAGAGAGGAGGAAGAAGCAGAAGAAGGAGAGGAAGAAGUAAAAGAGAAGGAGGAAGAGGAAGAGGAAGCAGAGGAAAAGAACACAAAAGAGGAAGAAGAAGAAGCAAAAGAGGAAAAUGAAGUUGAAGUAGAGUCCAAAGCUGAAAAUGAAGUUGAUAAUGAAGCUGAAGAAACACAGGAGCCAGAGGGUGAAGAUAUUGAAGCUGAUGAUGAAGAGGAGACAUUCAAAUGCAAAGAUGUUGAUGGCUCAGAGGCAGAUGAGAAUCCUGAAGGAGAUACUAUAGAAGGAAGUGAGGAAGCUAAGCAGGAUGAGGAUGAGGCAGCAGAAGAUGGAAAUGUAGAGUUAGAAGAUGAGGCAUGUUCAAAUGAAGAAGAAAACAACAGUGAAGGUGGUGAGAAAUAUGAAGAGAAUGAUGAGGAACCCAUCAGUGAUGACCCUGACCUGGCAAACAAAAACCAUGAAGGCAACAGUAAGUCUUCUGAAAGAGCCUCCAAGGCCAAAGGCAAAAGAAACGGGAAAAGGCUAGAGACUCUGAGCAAAGCAGUUACCAUUUUUGGUUCUUCUUCUCUGGGAAACUUCUCACAACAGUCCCAGAAGGGGUCUGAUGAUGAAAGUGAAGAGGAAUGCCAAGAUAAUAACUCCAUAAGCGAGCACCCUAGUGGAGAGGCUCAAAGUGAUGAGAGCAGCAAACCUUCAAAGAUGUAUCCUGAUAGCGAGGAAGAAGAGGACAAAGCAUCUUCAUGCAUUGAUCCUUUGGGAGAUGAGGAACAGCCAGAUGCUGAAGGUGCAGAUCAGAAGGGAGACAAACAUACUAACAAGGUUCAGGCUUCUAAGAAUAAGGAAGGUUCUGAUGAAAUUGAUCAGGAUGACCUGGAUUUCUAG